AUGACUAUUAUCCUCGUGACAGGAGCCAACCGUGGGAUCGGGUUUGCAAUUGUGCAAGCAGCGACGGGCAGAAUUCCCGGCGCAACCUUCCUCCUAGGCUGUCGUUCCUUAGAAGCAGGAAAGGAGGCUGCUGAGAAGCUUCGCGACUUGAAUCCUAAGGUCUCAUUUGACGUUGCCCUAAUCGACAUCGAGAAAGAUGAAAGUAUUCUCGCGGCUGUCAAAUGGAUCGAUGAGAAGUAUGGGAGGCUAGACGUUCUCAUCAACAACGCUGCCGGGGUCAGUCAACCAAAGUCUCAGGACCUCGGCGAUGUUCGAGCCAACCUCAACAACGUCUUCAACAAUGCCGUUGCGUCACCUGCGAUGGUCACCAGAGCAUUCCUGCCCUUGCUGCGGAAGAGCGAUUUCCCCAGGGUUAUCAUGAAUUCAAGCGCCAGAGGAAGUUUGGAGAGGACUGCCAGCAGAAAGCUCCCACCACCACAAUCUGUGGAUUACAACAUAGCCAAGGCAGGAUUGAACAUGUUGACAUUGCUGCUGCAAUUGCUAGACGAUUCGAAUGACGGAGAAGGAAAAAACAUUUGCUUCUGGGCAGUCAGCCCGGGAUUCACCAAGACCGGCUUCAACAACUUCAGGGGAGUCAAAGAUCCAUUGGACUCCGCUGAAGCGUUCGUGAGGCUGCUGCAGGUCAACAGGGGCGCAAUUCCGGCAGGCACAUUCUGGGAAUUUGAAGAAGGCGAAUUUAGGGCCGUUCCGUGGUGA